AUGACUUCAGAUAACAUAUACACUGUAAUCACUGGCUCCAAACCGCUUAAUUCUGGCAAACAUUCUGAAAUUUCUGAAUACUUGAGGGAGCUUUUAUACAAAGACUACGAUGCAAUCGCCUCAACUUCCAAAACUUUGUUGGAGGACGAUAAAAAACUUCGGGAUAAUUUACACAAAUUUGUCAUUGACUCCGCUCCUAUCGCACUUAAAAACAUCAAUUGCUGCACUAAUACUUCCGAACUUGUCACCAAUUUGUCAAAAACUGCCUUAGAUAUUUCUAAGGCUACCAAUUCCUGUAGCCUUAAGGCCAAGGAGUGUGCAAGCUCUCUCUCAGAUGUUGUUCAGCAACUGUGGAAGGUGAAUAGUGACUAUGACUACUAUAAAUUUGUCAAUUCCCUCGUCACAUUCUUAAACGAGUUUGAAUUCACCAGGGAUGAAAGGAAACUAUCGCGCCUGCUUGCUUUUAAUGAGGUUUUGAAAGGCUCAGAGGGCGCUCUUGCCAGUAAACUCGGGUCGUUUUUAGGAGACAGGGUUUGUUUGACUUGUUUACUGGGGACUCAGGUUAAGAAAAUACUAUGCUCUAAGGAACUGGAACUUUUUAACUCUUUCAACAACGACCCUGAGCAGACUGCCAAAACUGUUUCACUCAUUGAGAAGAUCGGAUUUUCUACCCGGGAACAGAUCGCAGUUGGCUUCAUUAAGAAUCGGCUCAAGUGUAUGAAGGACUGCUUUCAGGCUUCCCUGGAAUCGGCCAGGACUGAGCCUAAGAGGAGUGUUUUUGGUGAUGUUGACACACACCUCUCCACCCUCGCGAACCGCACAUAUCAGGAUUUUUUUGACACUAUCGCACACAUUUUAAGAGAGACAGAGCCUCAUGAGCUCAAAAAAAUCAACUUGGACGAAUUCGACUCACAAAUUUUAGAAUUAUUGGGGUGGCUAGCUCCUCUGGGACUUUCAUUUUUUACACUCACCAACUUCACUUUCAGUUCUUUCCUACGCGACGUGUUCUCAUCUUAA